AUGACGUUUAGAAGCAUAACUGGUAAUAGGUCCAAAAUAUGUGCAUUGCCAAUACCUCUAUUCAUGGGCUUUUUUAUUGGUAUUAUGUCAGUUUAUACUUAUUAUUUGGUAAUGAAUUAUGAAAACAACACAAAGUUAACUCCAGUUCCAGUUACACAUUUUAACAGUCAAAUAAAGUUGAAUCAUCGCCAUUAUCAUCUAGUGGAUCUAACAAAACCAACUAUAAAUCAUAAUAUAUCAUUAUUGUGUCUUAUAUUUAUUAAUGAUAUAGACUCAUUACUUAUGCAACACAAUGUUUGGCUUGAUAAAUGUGGUAACAACAAAAUGUAUGUGAGUAAGCAACAGCACAAAUAUAUUGGUCGUGUUAUAACUGAUACUUAUUCUUCACAACCAUGGAAGUAUUACUGCCAAACUUUAAUGUAUAUACAUUACCAAUAUGAUUAUCAUAACAUUAAAUAUGAUUGGAUAUUUUUGGCCAAGGAUAAUGUUUGGUUGAUUUAUGAAAACUUAUUACAUUUAAUAUCAUUAUUGAAUGUCAAUAAACAGAAACAUAAUUAUUAUGCUGGGCAAUAUAUUAACGGUACAUUAAAUAUCAACGCAGGUGUACUGUUUAAUACGAAUACAUUAACAGCUUUAGUGCAUUUAAUCAGUAGUAUGGAUGGUUGUAACUCGGAAGUAUCUAACAGUGAAAGUCAAAUGUUAGAUUAUUAUUUAAGAAAACUGAAUAAUGUUAUACCAAUUAACAAUAUGGAUUCAUACGGCUGUACCUUGUUUCAUUCAAUAAAUCUUUUUAAAAGUUUUAAUGUAAGAAGCUUGAGACCUGAAAUACUUGAUAAAUGUAUGAGUAGAUUUGCUAUUACAUUUCAAAUAGACUUAUCUUCAAAGCACUAUGCAAUGUUUUACAAGUAUGUCUUAUACAAAAUCAGAUUAGUAACCAAACAAGAUCUAAUGUCUAAUGCUAAAAGAAUUAUAGCAGAACCUUCUCCAGAAGAUAUAAAUAUUUGGAGGAGGGAAACACUUUAUGAAUUAAAUUACGACCCUAGUAAUACGUCACAAACAGAUUUUUUUUACAACUGGUUUAAGAAACGUCAAAUCAUAUUAUAA